AGACCUGCGAGGCGUCAUCCUCCAGGGAUCCUCAUGGCUGUGCAGCGCCCCUGCAAAGUGGCGAGUCUGAGUGGUGGGACCAAGAAGCAGGUUCGGCCGGCAAACACGCGCGCGGCCAGUCUCUCCUUCCAGGCCUAAGAUUGCUGAGAUUGAUUUUCCCAGCCAAUUCGCGCCCGAGCUCGGAUCUAGAGUUCCCCGCUCUCUGAUCGAGCGGCCAAGACACCGAAGUUGUGCACAUGAAGGCUGCAUUCACAAAGUCUCAGCGACACGACAGCCCCAGCUUCAUUCGUCUCCGCCAUCCUUGCUUUCCAACUCCAUCGGCCACCACUGUAUCGUUUCCUUUUCUUUUGCCCCUCACUCCUUUAGGAUCCCGCCUGUACCAAAUCCCUCCUCUCGAGCUGGCGCUUUGAUCUGCAACCCUCGAACCCGUCGAGGGUUGCCUUCGCCCUUGGCUCGAGUCUAGACGCUCCCUUGGAGCCUGGCCUUGGUGGCUGGCUCAACCGCUCGCUGGCUGCAUGUGAAUCGCGCCCAUCUCGAUCCCAAGAUGCUGUCGAGACGAUAUGCUUUGUUGUCGCUGCUCCUCGGUCUCGUUCUCCUAGUCCUCUCUCCCACGGUGCCUGCCGCAGGCGUGCGGCCGCCGCCUCCCCACGCGCAGAAUGCCUCCCGCGGGCUCUUCCCCUUGGUGACGUGGUUGCGAGACAAUGUCGUCGAAAUGGUUUUUGGCCGUCCAGCCUCGGCGAAGCGCAAGUCGGCCCCUCCCAGGGGCAUGGGCGCCCUCAAUCCGCGCUACGACAAGGAGACGGUGAUCCGAUUCAACGUGUCGAGCCACGACGAGGAGGGCGCUCUCGCCGACGCCGCCGACCGCCUCUUCCUCGAUGUCUGGGCCUCGACGCGGAAUAACGUCGACAUCCGCCUGCACAAGAAAGACGUCUCGUCAUUGCUCAGCCUACUUCCCGCAUCGCUCCAGUCGGCCUUCUCAACUCUGAUCCCAGACCUCCCCGCCGCCGUCUUGGCCACAUACGGUGGCGGCCGCGCCACGCCUGAUGCCGCUCGCGACGGCGGCAGCGCCAGCGCGCGACUUGACUCGGACAGGCGCCUGGCCCCCUCGGUGCUUACGCACACCACCGGGUUCGACAAUGUUUUCUUCCACGACUACCAGCCCCUCACCGUCAUAUACCAUUGGAUGCGCCUUGUCGCGUCCAUGUUCCCGGGCAUAGUGACGCUCGAAGUGAUCGGCAAGUCCUUCGAGGGGAGGGAGAUUCUGGCGUUACGCGUGGGCAAGCCCGCGCCGCCCGGCAGCGAGAACGCAACCCCCAAGAAGACGCUCGUGGUCAAUGGCGGCCUGCACGCGCGGGAGUGGAUUGGUACCGCGGCGGUUAACUAUCUCGCGUGGUCCCUGAUAUCCUCGUACGGCCAAGACUCGGUCCUGACUCGAUUCCUUGACAACUACACGGCAGUCUUCAUCCCAGUGCUCAACCCUGACGGCUACGAAUACACGUGGGCCGUCGAUCGGCUUUGGAGGAAGACCAGGCAGGACACUCCCCUGAGCUUCUGCCGUGGCCUCGAUCUUGACCGCGCCUUCGGCUUCGAGUGGGAUAGAAACCUGCCCGAGCCAUGCUCGGAAAGCUACGGCGGCGAGCAGCCGUUCCAGGCGGUUGAGGCCCGGCAGCUCUCGGACUGGGCCAAGUCGCAGGCAGAGCAGAACGGCACCAACUUUGUCGGGCUCAUCGACCUCCACUCGUUCUCGCAAGAGAUUCUGUACCCUUACUCGUACACAUGCGACUCGGAGCCACCGAAUCUCGAGAACCUCGAGGAGCUCGCCAUCGGCAUCGCCAAGGCGGUCCGGCUGUCGAGCGGCGAGUUGUAUAACGUCUUCUCGGCCUGCCAGGGCGCCAUGGGCUCGCUGCGGGGCUCCUCGGUGCGGCGGAUGGAGUCGGGAGGCGGGUCGGCCAUCGACUGGUUCUACCACGAGAUGCGCGCCAAGUUCAGCUACCAGAUCAAGCUGCGGGACCGCGGCAUCUACGGCUUCCUGCUCCCUCCCGAGGAGAUCGUGCCGACGGGCGAGGAGAUGUUCCACGCGCUCAAGUACUACGCCGACUUUUUGCUGGGCAACAACGGGAUCGAAAAGUCGGUGGACGGCAAGACUGCAGAAACCUCGGCGCCGCUGGCGGCGUCGGUGGACGACGAAGAUGAGGCUGACGAGUGGGAGGAACUGAGGAAGCGCAGGCGGCGGCGCUGAGCGUCGAAAGCUUUUUGUUACACGGCACGCACAUACAGAACACGCGCCGAUGCAUUCAUUGUCACACCUUACAUCAUGAUUAUCGGCGAGGGCAGGCUCAGGUUCAGGUUCAUCAUUGUAUAUCACGGCAUUGCAGGACGGAUUGGGCGUUAAUUGAGUAGGAUCCUUGGUGAUUUCAUUCAGCCAAGGUAGCGUCGUUGUCGUACCUACCCAGGUAUCU